UAACGGUGCUCUUCCAAGUUGAAUUUGUUGAAUGUAUUUAUGUAUUUUGCACAAGCAGCGAUCACUGUGAAAAGACUUGGUUAAUGUGCAAUUUUAUAUGUUUAAAAUGAGUCUGCAAGAUGAAAGCUUCCCCGCAGACGACCUCUUCGACAAUUUAAACGCGUCGUCAGUUGGCAAGAACCGAAGCCUUCAGCGGCAAUGCAGCAUACGCCUGGAACUCUCUGAGCUGGAACAUUUUCAAGAGAACGAGUCGCCAUUUUUGAACAGCGACUGCUCCGAAGAAACUUGUGCCAGUGAUCCCGUGGGACUUGAUCACGAUCAUGAUCGGGAUCACGAGGAAGCUAAGAAUGCAGGUUCGAGCAAUAAUGAUGGAAUUACCACCACAAUUGCGCGGAGCAGCAAAGCGAUCUCCUACCAGGACAUACACACGGCAUACACUCGGCGUCGCUAUCAGCACGUGACCAGCAAAGUGAGAAAGUAUAUUGCAGAAAUGGAUGAUCCGAAGCAGAAGCGUCUCCAGAAUGCAUCUGGCGCAUUUCAACGCCAUCGAUCGAUGCCGGAGUCAUUGACGCCACGUGGCAACGCCGAGGAUCAGCAGAAGCUGGACGAGUCCUUGUCGACGGCCAACAGCAGCGAAACGAACACAAAUUCAAAUUCGAGGGACGAAAGCUAUGAACGUCUAUUGAGCGAGAAAGACUGGCGUAUCGAUCAUUUGGAGUCGAAGCUCUUCAAGAAGUUUGAGGAAAACAUCCAGUUGAGGAAGAACUUUGAAGCGGCACGCAACUACUUUGAAGCUGCUCGCAAAGACUUGACCGAAUGCCAGGAAAAGCUAAAGCGACAGGCAGCAGGUGGCAAUGGUGCACUUGGUCACUCCCUGCACUCCCUGAUGUACUAUCCGACAUUGCCCCACCCCAGCGAGAGAGAGAGAGUUGCCAAAGCCACACAAACGGAUCUGGCACACAUGUCGCAUCUGUCCGAUCUGUCGGACAUGCCCGCCAUCGCCGCCAAUGCGACGCCACAUCCCAAUGCAAAUCUCAAUGAUAUCACCUAUGACAGCCGAGAUGGAUCCAUUGAAAUACCAUUACUCAGUGUCCGUCCUGAGCCCAACAAGUCCACCAAGAUGAGCGGCCAUCUGCAGCCACUUUUGUUGAACUUUAGCAACGAUUGCUCCGAGGUGGAUGCCAAUGGGAAUGCUCUUACUAAAGCUGGAGGCGAUGCUGGCAUCAACUCGCAGCCCAGCAGCUGCAAUCGCAUUGCCACCAACAAUUCCGGCAGUAGUCAUCCAAGCAGCAACGACUCCGCCAUCGAUAUUGAGGGACACGAGCUGCGAUCACCGCAGCCCCGUUUUCGUGGUCAGACAAUUAACUUUGGUCCAGUUGGAGAUAUCAUAUACAUUGACAAGCACAACAAUCGUGUCAUCGAGCUGGUCUCAUUGAAUCCAGCGACUCGGAUCGGCAACUCCAAUGCCGACAGCAGCAACAACACGAGCACCCAGAGCCAAUCCUUCGAUUAUAUGCAGUACACAUUCAAUAAUCAUACAAACCGAAGAAAGAGAUCGCUGGCCUCGCGGAUGCUGUGCAUCUUUGGACCAUGUGCACGGUGCGACGAUCCCAAUCAGACGUUAGAUGCCACCAAUGCCACAUACACGGUUGCAGUUCCACUUUUAGGCAACGAUUCCGAUCGUGUCUAAUCCCGAGUCCCAAAUAUUUAUUUACUUGUUUAUCCUUAAGUCUCCCAAGUAUUUAUUUAUUUCUUUGUAUUUUUAUGUUUUAAUAAGCUUUGUAAGGUGUCUAUUUAAGUAGUCAUGCAUGUAUUCAAUAAUUGUCGGCUUUCAUUUUAGUCCUAGUUAAGUGCCAGUUUAAUUAUUGUAAUCAUCAGUUUGUUUAUACAUAAAUCUUCAUUCAAAUCAAACGACUUUU